AUGGCAAGCUCCAUUUUCCCUUUUCUGCCGCUUCUUUUGCUCGCCAUUUGGUGUGGUUAUGCUCAAUCCCACGAAGACGGGCACAUCGCGGCCGAAAUAUCGAACAAGGGCCUCGAUUUUUUCAAGGGUUUGCUGAUAGAAAAGGCUGAAUCUUCGUUAGUCCCUCUCGAGCUGCCCGUGAUCGAGAAGACCGUGAAAAUCCCAGUUUUAGGUAAAGUUCAAAUGGUCCUUUCCGACAUUACUAUCGAGAAGAUCCACACAACGUCGUCCGUUGUGAAAACUGGGGAUAGUGGGAUAGUUAUUGAAGUUUCUGGUGCCACCGCGAAUUUGAGUAUGAACUGGAAGUAUUCGUACACUAGUGCUUGGUUGAUUCCAAUUUCGGUAUCUGAUAAAGGAAAUGCUACUGUUCAGGUUGAAGGACUUGAAGUUGGCCUUUCACUCAGUCUAAAGACUGUUGAAGGAUCUCUAAAGCUGUCUCUCUUGGAAUGCGGAUGCUAUGUUAACAGUAUCUCUAUAAAAUUGGAUGGAGGAGCUUCAUGGCUUUAUCAAGGGUUGCUGGAUGCUUUUGAGGGUAAAAUUGGUUCUUCAGUUGAAACUGCUGUUUCUAAUAAAUUAAAAGAUGCAAUUGUGAAGCUCGACUCUCUGUUGCAAUCACUUCCUAAAGAAGUACCAGUUACUGAAAUCGCUACACUUAAUGUUACAUUAGUGGAUGAUCCAGAUUUUAGCGGUUCAUCCGUUGACCUUGAAAUAGAUGGGUUAAUCUCUAGUAAGAAUGAAGUUUUCCAUGCCACCCAUAAUCAUAUACUACUACAAGAUUCUUACGCCUGCAAGGAAGCUGAUAAGAUGGUCCGAAUCUCACUGCAUGAAGACGUACUUGGGUCAGCGUCAUCUGUUUACUUUGAGGCAAGCAAGAUGCGCUGGAUGAUUGAUAAAGCUUCGGAUCAAACUCUCAUGAACACAGCUGGGUGGAGGUUUAUUGUUCCACAGUUGUACAAAAUGUAUCCUAAUCAUGACUUGAAUCUAAAUCUUUCUGUAUCAUCCAAUCCAACCAUAAAAAUCAAGCAGCAGCAAAUCAUAGCACAAAUCCCCUUAGAUGUGGUGAUUGAUGUUUUGGACGGGGAGGAAUUGGUACCAGUUGUAUGCAUUUCCACGGUGAUCCGUGCUUCUGUAUCUGCUGAAAUUUCACAGAAUGCGGUGUCUGGUGUUUUGAAACUAAUGGACCUCACGAUGUCUCUUAAAUGGAGUAAUAUUGGAGACUUGCACAUGCAUCUAAUCCAGACAAUAAUGUCCACAACACUCAAAACUGUCGUCGUGCCAUACAUAAAUUUAAAACUUGGUAAAGGAUUUCAAAUUCCAUCCUUCCAUGGAUACAAGCUUCAAGAUGCUCAGUUCAUCUGCUCGGAUUCUUGGAUUGUGAUAUGCAGCAAUGUGACACCUUCUCAAACGUUCUACCACGUGUAG